AUGAGCCACUACAAUCAGCACGGAGGUCCGGCUCGUCCCUACGAUGCCUACGAUGACCCGCAGCAACACCACUACUACGCCGAACAACAUCCGCAGUCACAUUCCGGAUACGACUCUCAAUACUACCAACAGCAGCAUUCCUACUCUGCUGCCUACGAAACCUCGCAGCCCGAGUACCAGGCCGCGCCCGUCAAGCCUCAAAGGCAACCGUCCAGGAUUCGAUCCAAUUCGUCCGGCAGUCGCUCAGCCCCUCGCGCUCCUGCUACCUACGAGCAUCAAGAGAUCCCGCCCGUGCCCUCGAACCUCUCCGCCGCUAGACAAAGGUCGCAGCCCUCUUACAGUAGGAACGCACCGAACAACAGCCAUCCGAGUCACUGGGACCCUAACGCGUCCUACGACACGGCUCCCACCGCACCUCUCUACGACCCUGCCCCGCUGCCUGGAUCUGGCCAGCUCAACGCCAAUCCUACGCAGCACAGUAUCGAUCUUGGGGCGCGCGACCCAUCUUAUGACGAGCAGACCAUGCAGCAGCACUAUCCCUACGGAGGUGCAGCAGCCUUUCAACGCUCCGAAAGCUACCAGUCCGGCAGGCCCGGCGGCAACGGCUACCACUCUGUAGACGACGAGAAGAGCAUCUACUCCAAGCACAGCAACCAGCCGCCAGGUUCUUGGAAUGCAGGCGCUCCUGCCAUGCCUUACAACGGUGUGCCUUCCUCUCACUCCAUCCAGAUGAACCAGCCCGGCUAUCCGCCUACACCCUACGGCGAGUACGAGAUGCACGCUCCGGGCAUGCCCGAGCCCAACAUGUCGAUCGGAGGUCUCGGCUCGCCCGGUGCACUCAUCGCGGCUGCGCCCAUGCACAGCAUGCAGCACCAGGACUCGACCUUUUCCCGUGAGGAUCGCGACCGCAUCAUGCGCAAACGAACCGUCAAGCGCAUUCCGCUCCAGGAUGGCAACCUUGUCCUCGACAUCCCCGUCGCCUCGAGCAUCAGCAAGUCCAACACCAACAACCCUGAGUUUGCCGAGAUGCGCUACCAGGCCUGCACCUCGGAUCCAGACCGCUUCAUCGAGGAGAGGUACACCCUGCGUCCGUGGAUGUACGGUAGAGAGACCGAGAUGGCCAUCGUGCUCACCUGCUACAACGAAGAUGACGUUCUCUUCGCUAGGACCAUGGGCGGUGUGAUCAAGAACAUCGCCCACCUCUGUGCCCGCACGCGCUCCAAGACGUGGGGUCCCGACGCCUGGAAGAAGGUCGUAGUCAUCAUCGUCGCCGACGGUCGUAAGAAGGCGAACGAGCGCAUGCUCAAGGCGCUCGGUUUGAUGGGAUGCUACAACGAAGGCGUCAUGAAGGACCACGUCCUCAAGAAGCCCGUCGAGGCCCACAUCUUCGAAUACACGACGCGUGUCCAGGUCACCGAAAAGGGCGAGGUGCAGGUCACCCCUUGCCCCAUCCAGGUAGUCUUUUGCCUCAAGGAACAAAACAAGAAGAAGCUCAACAGCCAUCGAUGGUUCUUCAACGCCUUCUGCCCGAUGCUCAAACCCAACGUUUGCGUUCUCUUGGACGUUGGCACCAAGCCUUCGGCCACUUCGAUCUAUGCCCUGUGGAAGUCGUUCGACAAGCAUCCGCGCGUCGGCGGUGCCUGCGGCGAGAUCUGCGUCGACACGGGACGUGGCUGCACCUCUCUGUUCAAUCCGCUCGUCGCCUCGCAGAACUUUGAGUACAAGAUGUCCAACAUCCUCGAUAAACCGACCGAAUCGGUGUUUGGCUUUAUCUCGGUGCUCCCCGGUGCCUUUUCUGCGUAUCGAUACAAGGCGCUCUUGGGCCGACCGCUCGAGAUGUACUUCAAAGGUGAGAAGCUGCACUCGGGCGAAGGCAGCAACUCGAUCUUUGAGGGCAACAUGUACCUCGCCGAAGAUCGUAUUCUCUGCUUCGAGCUCGUCACCAAGGAGCGCGAGGGAUGGCUGCUGCGCUACGUCAAGUCGGCCAAGGCGUGGACGGACGUGCCUGACAGGGUGCCCGAAUUCAUUUCGCAGCGUCGACGAUGGCUCAACGGCUCGCUCUUUGCUUCGUACUACGCUGUCUGGCACAGUUACCGCAUCUUCACCUCGGGGCAGCCUUUCCUGCGCAAGAUUUGGCUGCUCUUCCAAGUCAUCUUCAACUUGAUCCUGCUCGUGUUUAGUUGGUUUGGGCUUGCCAACUUCUUCCUUGCCUUUUACUUCUUGCUCAGCGCCUCGACCAGUACGGAAGGCAGCGAUCCGUUCGGCGGGCAGGGGGCUGCCAUCGUCGAGAUCUUCCAGAACAUCUUUAUCGCCAUGGUGAUCGUGGUGCUUGUGUGUUCGCUGGGCAAUCGACCUCAGGGAUCCAACUUUGCGUAUACGUCGGCGAUCAUCAUCUUUGCGCUCAUCAUGGGACUUGCUCUGUACGCGGCUGGCUACACCACCUACUUGGCUCUGGAUGCCUCGGGACUCACGCACGCCAGUGGAUGGCGCGUCGACAACCUCGAAACGCUGUUCAAGACGUCGGGCUUCCGCGACAUUGUCAUCUCGCUCGCAGCGACCUAUGUCAUGUGGCUUGUAUGCUCGAUCUUGCAUCUGGAGCCGUGGCACAUGCUGACGAGCUUCAUCCAGUACCUCUUCCUUACACCGACGUACGUCAUCAUCCUGUCGAUGUAUUCGAUGUGCAACACCAACGAUCUUUCUUGGGGCACCAAGCAAUCCAAUGGACCCGCGACCGACCUGGGAGGUGCCACCGGCUCUGGUUCCAAACAAGACGGCAAGGGCGAGAUGGUGGAUGUCAAGAUCCCCACCUCGGCUGCCGAUGCGGAAGACCUUUGGAUGCACUACCGACAAACGCUUUCGCAGCCGACCGUCGAGGUUCGGCAGAAGCGCGACAAGGCGACGCGACAGGAAGACCACGCCAAGAACUUCCGUACCAACCUGGUGCUGAUCUGGAUGUGUACCAACGCGGCGGUAGUCAUCAUCUUUACGAGCACGUGGUGGAACAAGUAUGUGCGCAACCAUGUUUAUGCUGCUGCAGUUCGCAGAGGCGAGCCUAUCAUCAACCCGUACCAGACGGUCAUCUUUUGGUCGACCGCCGGUAUUUCGGCUGUUCGCUUUGUUGGAAGCUGUUUCUUCUUGAUUCUGCGCCUUUUCGGACACUAA